CGCGCCAGCCCAUAAUAACAAAGCCAUUUAAGCCCAACUCACGAACCCUGAAUCUAAAUCGGCCCAUACGAAUUUUCUUUCCUCCCAAAAAACGCGACACGAGACACGAGGUAGCGAUAUCCACGUGUCAACUCCCACGAAGUUCUCAACAGUCAACAAGCGAGAAAUAGAUAUGGCGGCAGUAACGUCACCGCCAUCGAUACUACCUCCAUUUCUCGGACGAAUCCAAACCCAAACCCGCAAGAUCUCCACCGUCAGAUCAAUCCGAUUGUCCUCAUCACCGUCGCCGCCAAAUCCGAUGGACGAGCGUCAUCCUCCGAAACGAGUCGUCGUCUGCGGCGGCGGAGUAAUCGGCGUCUGCGCGGCCUACUUCCUCUCCAAGAAGGGCGCCGCCGUCACGCUCGUCGAGAAAUCUUCCGUCGCCUGCGCCGCGUCCGGAAAAGCCGGCGGAUUCCUCGCCCUCGACUGGUGCGAUGGUAGGCCCCUCUCCUCCCUCGCCCGCGCCAGCUUCAAUCUCCACCGUUCGCUGGCGGAAGAUCUCGACGGCGCGCGAUCGUACGGCUACAGACCCCUCACUACUCUCAGCCUCACCGUCACCGAGUCCAAUAACCCUCCCUCCGGUUCCCGACCCUCCGGUAGCUCCAAUCUGCCGUCGUGGGUCGACGGCCCAGCUCGGAGCCCGAGGCCCAUCGGGACAGUAGAAACGACGGCCCAAGUGCAUCCCCAGCUGUUCACGAGAACUCUGAUUUCGAAGGCGGUGGAGAGUUACGGCGUUGAGGUGGUGAUUGGGAAACUGGAGCGAGUUGAGGUGAGUGAGGAAGGCCGAGUUGACUCGGUGGUGUUGGAAGGCGGGCGAGUGAUAGAGUCGGACGGCGUCGUUUUAGCGUUGGGGCCGUGGUCUGGAAAGUUCGAGAUGUUGUCGACGAUGUUCAGAGUGUACGGUCUGAAAGCUCAUAGUAUUGUGUUGGAGCCUAAAGAACCAGAGGCGAUUACACCUCACGCGCUUUUCCUCAGUUACUAUCCCUCUCAUGGAGGAAAACCCAUGGACCCAGAAGUUUAUCCUCGUCCCACAGGUGAGGUGUACGUGUGCGGAAUGUCGGCAGAGGCAGAUGUGCCAGAUGACCCGGAACAGAUUGAGGGCAACCCGGUAUCGAUACAGGUGCUGAGGAGGGUGGCCGGCAAUGUGUCAAGCCAUUUGAGGGAAGGGGCGGCGCAAGUGAAGGCCGAGCAAGCUUGCUUCUUGCCAUGUACGGACGAUGAGGUGCCUAUAAUCGGAGAGGUCCCGGGGAUAAAAGGGUGUUAUGUGGCCACGGGGCAUGGCUGUUGGGGCAUCCUGAAUGGUCCCGCCACCGGGGCUGCUGUGGCUGAGCUUGUGCUUGACGGGUGUGCCACCGUUGUUGAUCUCACUCCAUUUAGCCCCGCCAGAUUUGUUGGCGGAAAAGGGGCUAGGAAAGUUGUUUGAUAGAAUCAGAAAAUGUUUGAUUACUAUGUUGUAAUUUGUUGGGCGGAGUCACGGAAUAAGAAGUGUAGCUUUUUUUCGAUUAUAUCCAAGGAAAACCUCUUAUUUUCGAUUCUUUUUUUCUUCUGGAAAAAAUUAUACACAUGAU